AAAAGAUGUUUGCAUCCAACAAUUGCGGGACUGGAGAGAAAUCUAAAAGUCACAGCAGAUAGGUCGUGAAGUUCGUCAAACACUUAUAAAUUGAUUUCAUAUUCGCUUAAAGAUUAAAAAGCUUAUGAAUUGUAUGCAUGUAUUAUUAAUUUGUUCCCAGAAAUACUAUAGUUUCUAGUUGAGCAGAAUUUGUAUAAAAUUGCUUUUAGGCUCUCAGUUAUAUAAUCCAGGAAAAUGUCUAGAAAGUUUUAUAGAGUUUUGUUUGGAGGUUGUGGUGGUGCAAUUACAGUUUACGGUUUAUAUAAAUUUGGUCUGAUUUCGAAUAAAGCGAAUGUAGUUGUUGCCAGCACUCCUGCUAAACGUAAGCCCCGCUUACCUACCAGAGAGGAACAAAUUAAUGCUUUAAAAACUGCUGUGGAGUAUGAUGUUUUAGUUAUUGGGGGUGGAGCUACAGGUGCUGGCAUUGCUUUAGAUUCCAUUUCCAGAGGCCUUAAAACUGCAUUAGUUGAAUUAGAUGAUUUUUCAUCUGGUACCAGUAGUCGCAGCACAAAGUUAAUUCAUGGAGGUGUGCGAUACUUACAAAAGGCAAUUAUGCAAUUAGACCUUGAACAAUAUCGAAUGGUUAAAGAAGCGCUUCAUGAGAGGGCUAAUCUCUUAGCUAUUGCACCUCAUCUCUCCUAUCCACUUCCUAUUAUGUUGCCAGUAUAUCAUUGGUGGCAAGUUCCAUAUUAUUGGGCUGGUAUCAAAGCAUAUGAUUUAGUUGCUGGUAGGCAACAAGUAAAGUCAAGCUAUUUUCUGUCUCGAAGUAAAGCAUUGGAGCUAUUUCCAAUGUUAAAAAAAGAACAACUCUGUGGAGCCUUAGUGUACUAUGAUGGUCAGCAUAAUGAUGCUCGAAUGAAUUUAGCUAUUAUAAUGACAGCUGCAAGACUAGGAGCUAAUGUUGCUAAUCAUGUUGGUGUGACCGAACUUCUAAAGAAUGAUAGCCAAAAAGUUUGUGGAGCAAAAGUCAAAGAUAUGAUAACUGGGAAAGACUGGAAUAUUCAUGCAAAAUGUGUAAUCAAUGCAACUGGGCCCUUUACUGAUACUAUUAGAAAAAUGGAUGACCAAGAUUGUUCUGAAAUAUGCCAGCCAAGUGCUGGGGUUCACAUAGUCUUACCAGCUUACUACAGUCCUGAGAACAUGGGCUUAUUAGAUCCUGCCACUAGUGAUGGAAGAGUCAUAUUUUUCUUGCCUUGGCAAAAAAUGACAAUAGCAGGAACAACUGACAGGCCUUGUGAAAUCACUCACCACCCUAGUCCGUCUGAAGAUGAAAUUCAGUUUAUUCUCAAUGAAGUAAAAAACUACCUGUCUGAUGAAAUUACUGUUCGCCGUGGUGAUGUUAUGUCUGUCUGGAGUGGAAUUCGACCAUUAGUUUUGAAUCCUAACAAAGGCUCGACAGAAGCACUUGCUCGAAAUCAUGUAUUGCAUGUCAGCGAUUCAAAUCUAAUAACUAUGGCCGGGGGAAAAUGGACUACAUAUAGAGUAAUGGCUAAAGAAGCAGUUGAUGCUGGUGUAAAACACUGCAAUUUAAAUCCCAAAACUGAUUGCCAAACUGAUGGGCUUUUAUUAGAAGGAGCAGAUAACUGGUCUCCAAAUCUGUAUAUUAGGCUUGUGCAAGAUUAUGGAAUGGAAAUAGAGGUUGCUCAGCACUUAACUAAUACAUAUGGAGAUAGAGCUUUUGCAGUUGCUAAAUUAGCUUCUUUGACUGGAAAAAGAUGGCCAAUAAUUGGAAAACGUCUUCAUGAGGAGUAUCCAUAUAUUGAUGCUGAGGUAAGAUAUGCUGUUCAAGAAUAUGCACAAACUGCAGUUGAUGUCAUUGCAAGACGCCUACGCUUGUCUUUUCUAAAUGUUGAAGCAACUAAAGAAGCUCUCCCAACAAUUAUUUCAAUAAUGGCAGAUGAACUCAAAUGGAGUCGAAGCAAACAACAGGAAGAACACAAAAAAGCUCUAGAAUUUCUUCAGACUGAAAUGGGACAAGAUGUUAACCGUCAAGCAAGAGAAACUCCUACUAAUUUAACUAAAGAGGAAGUAUUUGCAUACACAAAAAAAUUUCAAACUUUGGAUAAAGAUAAAAAGGGAUAUAUUACUUUCAGUGACCUUCGACAGAGUAUUAAGGCUCAAGGGGAAAAAGUUGAUGAUGACGCCUUACAUGAUAUGAUGAAUGAAGUGGACUUAAAUAAAAAUGGUCAAGUUGAAUUGGGAGAAUAUUUGGUUUUGAUGGGAUCCAUCAAAUCUGGAGCGAUAUCUCAAAGCCGAUUAGCAGCUGCUGUAAACAUUGAGUAUGACCGAAGUGUUCGGUCUGUGGAUAGAAGUGGCGGUGGUGUUUAAAAGUUUACCUGGUUGUUUCUCUUACAUGUCACAAAUCUUCAAACUCCUUUUUUACUGAAUCAUUUUUAAUUGAAAAAUAUUCUGCUUGAAAAAUAUUCUAAUUGAAUACACAUUGAUGAAAUCAAUACGGAAUCUUCUAAACAUGUAAGCAUUUUAAUUUGUUAGUUCAGAAAAGAAUCAUCAGGUUUUCAGUAACCUUGAAAAAUUUUGAUCUUGUUUUAGAAGUUUUUAACAAAUUUAAUUAUGUUAAAGCCAAGUUUUCCUCUGAAAUUCUUUUUCUCUUACUUUAUUUAUUGUUAUGAUGAAAAUUCAAAUUGAUGUUCAUUUUGAAAAUGUCUUUAUUUAGAACACGUGUUGAAGUUUAUUUAUUAAUAAAUAUGUUAUUAAUUCGGGGGUUUUAUGCAGUUUAUUUAUGUAAAAGAGAUGCAACUAUUUGUGUAUUUGUGUUGUGGCUUUAUACUCAAAAAUUGCUUAUUUUACCAUAUGAAAUAAACAAUGUUUUCUGAUAGGAAACAUUUUUAUAUAGAAAUUGUCUUAAAUUUAAUGUAAUUAGCAUAAUCUGAUGUGUUUCUUUUAGCAUAUUUUCAAUCAAGUAGAAAUUUUCCAUAAGCCUAAUAUUAUAUCCUUAUUUUGUGGAAAUGAGUCUUUUUCUCAUAAAGUUUUCAAAUUUCAUUGUAAACUUACACUAUAGUACCUUUGUUUCCUAAUGUUAGAAUAUACAAGAAAAAUUUAUCUUCAUUUGUUGUAACAAAUGGAUUAAAAUUAGCUUCUGGCUAUAACUAUUGCUGUAGAAUAAUUUGUUAUUUACGAAGUAUCGUGGUAUUAUUUUAUAAUUUUUUUUUAAAUUGGGAAGUUAUUUUAUUAAUAGAAUAGUUUUUCCAAAAAACUAGCCUUUUUUUCUUAAAGUAAGGAAUAUUAUUUUCUUUUAAAAAAUAUGAAAGUUAGACAAGUUAAUCAUCAUCAUUGGAUAAUAAUUUUACUGGUAAAUUUUGUGAGCUGUUAAAAUUUUUUAAACCAUUUUAACAUAUUUCUUACAAAAAUAUGAAGGCAAAGAUACUUAAACAUUUGAAAACAGCACUUUUUCAAAUUAAACUGUUUAGAAAAUUAGGUGAUGCUGAAAUUUUACUAGUCAAACUCUUGUAGCUUUCCUCAAUGCAUUUUUUUUCGUUUGUUAUUCAUUUUUGCUAUUGGUUUUCAGUAUUACAUAUUUACAAAAACAUGAAAUGUUGAACAAAUUUUAAUUUUUUUAAAAAUAUAUAUUAUAAUUUAUAUUUAUGUUACUUAAUGAAAUCUUUAUAUUAUGUUGUUUAUUGAUUAUUAUGUUGUGUUACAUAAUGGAUUUAUCUAUUGUUAUGUUACCUAAUUAAAACUACAUAAUAUUCUACUGAUUGAAAAGAUUUGUAUUUUACCUAUUGCAUUAAACUCAUUUUUUGUUUAUCAUUUCUUACCUACAAAAGGUUAUUUUUUGUGAAGAAUUAAAUCCUAUACAACUUUU